UAUUGAUAUACUGGACCGAUCUCCGCCUCUUUCUCAGACACAGUGUGGGGAUCUAGAGGAACAGAGGACCAGACAUGGAGGGGAAGGGCGAGAAGGAAAAGCAGCCCGCUGACAAACUGCAACUAAACGGGGAUUUAAGUGAGGGCAGUAAAGAUGACAAAGAAAAUAAAAAGAAGAAAGAAAAAGCGCCAAAGCUGCCCAUGGUCGGCCCUAUUGAUGUGUUCAGAUUCGCAGACAGUUUGGACAUUUUCAUGAUCCUGUGUGGGACGGUGAUGGCCAUGGCCAACGGCGUCGUGCUUCCUCUCAUGUGCAUCGUGUUUGGGGACAUGACUGACAGCUUGGUCAAUUUUCCUACCGGCGAGAUCUCGGACAACUUCACAGUAAUUUACCCCAAUUUCACCGGCUUGCCAAUAAACAGCACCCUACAAGAGGACAUGAAUCGCUAUGCCAUCUACUACUCCAUCAUGGGAGCUACUGUGCUGGUGGCAGCGUACCUGCAGGUGUCGUUGUGGACCAUGGCGGCCGGGCGGCAGGUCAAACGCAUCCGCAAGCUGUUCUUCCACCGCAUCAUGCAACAGGACAUCGGCUGGUUCGACGUCAACGAGACUGGAGAGCUCAACACGCGUCUCAUAGAUGAUGUCUAUAAGAUCCAAGAGGGCAUUGGUGACAAGGCGGCGAUGCUGAUCCAGGCCUACACCACCUUCCUGUCGGCCUUCGUCAUCGGCUUCACCAAAGGCUGGAAGCUGACUCUGGUCAUCCUGGCGGUGAGCCCUGCGCUGGGCCUUUCGGCAGCACUUUUCAGUAAAGUGCUGACGAGCUUCACGAGUAAAGAGCAGGCUGCGUACGCCAAAGCCGGAGCUGUGGCAGAGGAGGUGCUGGCGGCAAUCAGGACCGUGUUUGCCUUCAGUGGUCAGGACAGAGAGAUCAAGAGGUAUCAUAAAAACUUGGAGGAUGCUAAGAUUAUGGGAAUAAAGAAGGCUCUGUCUGCGAACAUUUCCAUGGGCUUCACCUUCAUGGUUAUCUACCUCUCCUAUGCCCUGGCCUUCUGGUACGGCAGUACUCUCAUCCUGAGCAAUGAAUACACCAUUGGGAGUGUACUUACUGUGCUCUUCGUGGUGCUCAUUGGAGCGUUCACCAUGGGACAGUCCUCCGCCAACAUCCAGACUUUUGCCAGUGCCCGGGGAGCUGCACAUAAAGUGUACAGCAUCAUUGACAACAAUCCGACCAUCGACAGCUAUUCGGAGGCCGGCUUCAAGCCUGACUCCAUCAAAGGAAACAUCGAGUUUAAGAACAUUCACUUCAGCUACCCCACAAGGCCGGAUGUCCAAAUAUUAAAGAACAUGUCUCUAAGUGUGAAGAGUGGGCAGACCAUGGCGUUAGUGGGCAGCAGUGGCUGUGGUAAAAGCACCACGGUCCAGCUGCUGCAGAGGUUCUACGAUCCUCAGGACGGAGCCGUGUUUGUUGAUGGUCACGACAUCCGUUCUCUCAACGUCCGCUACCUGAGGGAGAUGAUCGGCGUGGUGAGUCAGGAGCCCAUCCUCUUCGCCACCACCAUCUCUGAGAACAUCAGGUACGGCCGUCUGGACGUGACGGACCAGGAGAUCGAACAAGCCGCCAAGGAGGCCAACGCUUACGACUUCAUCAUUAAGCUUCCCGAUAAGUUUGAGACGCUGGUCGGAGACCGAGGGACCCAGAUGAGCGGCGGACAGAAGCAGAGGGUCGCGAUCGCCCGUGCUCUCGUCCGCAACCCGAAGAUCCUUCUGCUGGACGAGGCCACAUCUGCUCUGGAUGCAGAGAGUGAGACCAUUGUGCAGGCUGCACUCGACAAGGUCCGAAUGGGUCGCACCACCAUCGUCGUGGCCCAUCGCCUCUCGACCAUCAGAAAUGCUGACGUCAUCGCUGGGUUCCAGGAUGGUCAAGUUGCAGAGGUGGGGACUCACAGCCAGCUGAUGGAGAAAAAGGGAAUCUACCAAAGACUGGUCACCACACAGACGUUUCAGGACGUCGAGGAGGCGAAGGAAGCAGAGGAGGAGCUGUCUGUGGACGAGAAGAGCCCAUUGGCCGAUUCCCUCAGCGAGUGCACUCCGUACAGGAGGAAGACCACAAGAGGCUCCUCUAUGAGUGCGUCAGAGGGAGGGAAAGAGAAGACAGAGUCUGACAAGGAUGAGACUGAGGAGGAUGAGAACGUGCCCCCCGUGUCCUUCCUCAAAGUGCUGCGUCUCAACCUUCCCGAGUGGCCGUACAUGUUGGUGGGGACCGUCUGUGCCAUCAUCAACGGCGCGAUGCAGCCAGUGUUCGCCAUCAUCUUCUCCAAGAUCAUCACCGUGUUUGCAGAGAAGGAUCAAGAGCUCGUCAGACAGAGAGCAACAUUGUUUUCCCUCAUGUUUGCUGUGAUCGGAGGUGUAUCAUUUGUCACCAUGUUUCUACAGGGUUUCUGUUUUGGUAAAUCCGGGGAGAUUCUGACCCUCAAACUGAGACUCGGGGCUUUCAAGGCCAUGAUGAGACAGGAUCUUAGCUGGUUUGACAACCCGAAAAACAGUGUGGGGGCGCUCACCACGAGACUGGCCACGGAUGCUGCACAAGUACAAGGGGCCACAGGGGUACGCAUGGCCACACUGGCUCAGAACUUUGCCAACUUGGGCACCAGUGUGAUCAUCUCCUUUAUUUACGGCUGGGAGCUGACCCUCCUCAUCCUGGCUGUGGUGCCCGCCAUGGUGUUGGCUGGAGCUGUGGAGAUGAAGUUGCUCACUGGCCACGCUGUCGAGGACAAGAAGGAGUUAGAGAAGGCUGGAAAGAUUUCUACAGAAGCCAUAGAGAAUAUCCGAACUGUGGCCUCUCUCACCAGAGAACCCAAGUUUGAGUCUUUGUAUCACAAAAACCUUGAAGUGCCAUAUAAGAACUCCACAAAAAAGGCCCACGUGUACGGUGCCACCUUCGCCUUCUCCCAGGCCAUGAUCUACUUUGCUUAUGCAGGCUGUUUCCGAUUUGGAGCUUGGCUUAUUGAAGAAGGAAGGAUGGAUGUUCAGGGCGUUUUCCUUGUGAUUUCGGCAGUUCUGUACGGCGCCAUGGCGAUCGGAGAGGCCAACUCCUUCGCGCCAAACUACGCUAAAGCCAAAAUGUCGGCUUCGCACCUCAUGAUGCUGAUGAAUCUGGAGCCUGCCAUUGACAAUCUUUCACAGGAAGGAGAGACACCGGACAGGUUUGAUGGCAACGUGCACUUUGAGAAUGUCAGGUUCAACUACCCCUCGCGGCCCAACCUGCCCGUCCUCCAGGGCCUGGAUCUGGAGGUGAAGCGGGGGGAGACGCUGGCCCUGGUGGGGAGCAGCGGCUGUGGGAAGAGCACCAUCAUCCAGCUGCUGGAGCGGUUCUACGACCCCAGAGAGGGCAGCGUGGUGCUGGACAAUGUAAACACCAAACAGCUGAAUAUCCACUGGCUGAGAUCCCAGAUGGGCAUCGUGUCCCAGGAGCCCACGCUGUUCGACUGCACCUUGGCCCAGAACAUUGCCUACGGAGACAACAGUCGCAUCGCAACCAUGGACGAGAUAGUGGCGGCUGCUAAAGCGGCCAACAUCCACAGCUUCAUUCAGGAGCUGCCGGAGAAGUACGAUACUCAAGCAGGUGACAAGGGAACGCAGCUGUCAGGAGGACAGAAGCAGAGAAUAGCCAUAGCCCGAGCCAUCCUCCGCAACCCAAUGCUGCUGCUGCUGGACGAGGCCACGUCCGCACUCGACACUGAAAGCGAGAAGGUGGUGCAGGAGGCGUUGGACCAGGCAAGCAAGGGCAGGACGUGCAUUAUCGUGGCGCACCGUCUGUCCACCAUCCAAAACGCAGACCGCAUAGCCGUCUUGCAGGGGGGAGUCGUGGUCGAGCAAGGCACGCACCAGCAGCUGCUGGCCAAGAGGGGAGUCUACCACAUGCUGGUCACCACACAGAUGGGCCACGGGAGGCAUUGAGAGAACAGGGAGAGCAGUACCAGACAGAUUAUUUAUCAUCUCUACAUUACACUAUCCAUAGGGCUGGAUUCAACUCUCUGUGAGGCCGGGAGCCUCUUAUCACCAGCUCCCGGCCUCACAGCGUCAGUGAGGGGUCGGAUGUGCUGACUGUGUCCAGGCCUUUUGGGAGUUGGGACCUCCAAGCCUCCAGAGUCUUGUGGAAGUAACACACUGGCUCAUAGAGUGUGGUAGUUUUAAGAGGCCACGUCGUUGCCACUGUUCAAUUGUUGCCACAUUUAUACAUAUUUUUUACAGAAAACUUUUUUACACAGUAGCAAAAGAUUGGUAUAAAUCAUAAACUCAAUGAUUGAAUUCUAUUUAGCUGCAUCAGUUUCACAGGGCUGGUGUUGUUCAGGCCUCACUUUACUCGGACACUUGGAUGUUAUUUAACACCUUUUGACAAGUGUAAAUGUGUGCUAUGAAAAAGGAAUAUUACUGUACUGUAUCCUCACACGCUUUCUUUAUUCUUGUUUGUUGAUCACUGGGAAUCAUUUCAGUCUCUUUUAACAAACUAUCAGAUAUUAUUUGGUUCCACCUAAUGUGACCAAAAUGACAAAUAUGAAGUGAUUCAAGCAAGCAAUGCACUGGAUUUAUGCAGUAUCAUAUUACAUCGGAUCGACCUGACACUGGCAAUCAUCACGGUGUGUUCUCCUGUUUAUGUAUUUGAGAAGAUUUGUUUAAAGACGUGGUCAGAAGGGCCUGCGCAGCUGAAGACAAGCAAGAAGCAGAAGUGGAUUCUCAUACACUCACUCAAAGAAUGUAAUGUCGCACAAAUGCACAGAAUUACUAACCUUUAUGAAGGAUAUUCUUAUAUAUUAGUUUAAUAGCAUCGACCAUUCAAAUUCUCUUUAUUAUUUAUUUCUAGAUUUUUCUUUUUCACACUUUACCAUUUACAAACGCUUAGUCAACAGUUAUAAUAAUUAAUAUAUAAUUUCUAACUGAUCAGUGGAAUGAACACAAAUUUUAGUUUUCGAAAAGCUAAAGUGAAAUGUGAAUUAUUUCCACUUCUUAAUUAAAGCAAAAUAUGUUGAAACUCCG